CCGUCAUUUCCGGCGAAAUAUGGCGGAGCCGGAGUUGCUGUUGGAUUCCAAUAUCAGGCUCUGGGUCGUGCUGCCCAUCGUCUUCAUCACUUUCUUCGUGGGCUUGAUUAGACAUUAUAUCUCAAUUCUCUUACAGAGCGACAAGAAACUCACGGAGGAGCAGGUUUCUGACAGUCAAGUUCUGAUCAGAAGUAGAAUCCUGAGAGAAAAUGGCAGAUAUAUCCCAAAACAGUCCUUCCUAACAAGGAAAUAUUAUUUUAACAACCCAGAUGAUGGAUUUUUCAAGAAGACCAAGAGAAAAGUUGUUCCUCCUUCCCCCAUGACCGACCCCACUAUGGUGAUGGAUAUGAUGAAGGGCAAUGUGACCAAUGUACUUCCUAUGAUCCUUAUUGGUGGUUGGAUCAACUGGACCUUCUCUGGUUUUGUUACCACCAAAGUUCCAUUUCCUUUGACGCUGCGUUUUAAGCCUAUGUUACAGCAGGGAAUUGAGCUACUCUCACUGGAUGCUUCCUGGGUGAGCUCUGCAUCAUGGUACUUCCUGAACGUGUUUGGGCUCAGAAGCAUGUAUUCUUUACUCCUGGGACAAGAUAAUGCUGCAGACCAGUCUCGUGUUAUGCAAGAACAGAUGACGGGUGCUGCAAUGGCAAUGCCUCCUGAUACAAAUAAAGCAUUUAAGGCUGAAUGGGAAGCUUUGGAAAUAACGGAUCAUCAGUGGGCCUUAGAAGAGGUUGAAGAGGAACUCAUGGCCAAGGAUCUUAAUUUUGAAGGGAUGUUCAGCAAAGAGAUUGAGAUGUCGAUGUUCUGAAGCAUCUUAACCAGUGGCCUCCAAUCGUAACCUCCAGCUUCCAUAACUUGUGUUUGUAGUAAGACUGACAUUUCUGCUGAAGUCUUAAAAAAAAUCACUUGAAAGCAUUAGAAUCAUUUGUCGCUGCUUCAAGUUACACAAGCCACUAAUUUGAUACUUUACUGUGAAUUUGGAAGUUCCGUGUAAACCGGGGUCUUGUAUGGAUACUAGACUAGAAUAGAUUGUGUCUAUUUCUGUGUCAAAUUCCAAAACACUUGUUGGAAUUGACUCUCAUUCAAUCCAUAAAGAUACAAGUUAUUUAGAAGCCCUUAGUGUCUCUGACCAAAUGUACUGAAUUCACUUUGUUUAUAAAAGUAUAAAACAUAA